CAGACAGACAGGCAGACAGCAGACAGACAGACAGCAGACAGACAGCAGGGGAAGUCCGGCCAGAGAGCUCGGCCUCUUCCUGCCUCACUAUCAGCUCAGGAAGUGGAGGGGAGGGCUGACAGAGAGGCACUUUUCCCCCGUUGCCUUUCCCUCACCCCGCCGUGCUCCGACCCAGCAGCAGGAAGAAGAAGGGGGGGGGGGGCAGAGGGCAGGCGGGGCCCUGGAUGGAGCAGAGACACUGACACAGCACAGCCCAACAGCCCGUCUGUGGAAACACGAUGGAAGCCGGCGUCGUUUGCAAGGCCACCAGCCACGCGAGCCCUGGGACAGGAUCCCUUGACACGCCAUCCACCCCCCCCACUGCCUCCGUCCUUCCGUCUCCUCCACCCUCCCUGCCCUCCUCCAAUCCCCCGAUCCGGCCAUGUCGACCAAAACCACCCCCUCCCUUGGUGAAGUCCUCCCAGUCCCCCCUGUGUGCUCCUGCACCUGUGUCCACUCCGCCUCCCCUCCCUCCCCUUCCACCCUCCAUCUCGAAGCCCCCGCCUCCUCUCUCUCCCACCCUGAAACCUUCCCCGCCGCUCUCCAUUCCUCCCCCUACCCCUGUUUCCCACAACCCUCUCCCCUUGUCUCUUCCUCCCCCCCUGGCUCCUACUCCAGUGUCUCCUGCUCCCCUGACUCCUCUACAGCAAAGUGUCUCCUCCGAUCUUACUCCCUCCUUAAGUCCACUUCCCACUGCUCUGUUGCCAGCGAUCUCAUGCCCCGCCCCCUCCUCCGCUUCUCUUCCUCCUCCUCCUCCUCCUCCCCCAAACUCGGUUAUCCCACCAUCACCUCCAGCUCCUCUAUUAGUGAAUCCCAUAGAUCGGCUGGUUGCGAGCGUUUCCGUAUGGCAGCCAAAAGGACUCAGCCGGGACCAAGCGACGAGUGUAUUGGAGAAAGAGAUGGCUGGGGCCUUCCUGCUCCUCGGAGCGGCGCUGUCAGUGCGCCUGCCUGAUGAAGGGGGGGCGGCGCCCGUGCACCAUCUGACGGUCAAGCAACACAAGACAUUUCUCCACUUAGACGGCUCCUCUUUGGCGUUUGAUGACAUCUUCAAAUUGAUCUUGUUCUACACUGCCAGCAGGGACAUUCUGGCCGUGCCACUGAGGUUACCCCGCGCUAUUACCACGGCAUCUCAGCGAGAAGAGUUGGACGUCAUCUCUGCAAUGGGUGCAGAUUUCUGGACGUCCGAUCUCAACCGGCCGGUAAAGGACCGGGACCUGGCUUUGGACCAGAACCACAACAGUCUGUACUUGUAUGUUAACCCAGUCACCGUGGAGGAGAGUGACAUCAAAGACCUAAACCCCCCCCAACCUCCCACAGUCCCCACUCAAAUACGUACCUCCUCCCUGCAGAAUGGAGAGGUCCCACAGAGGAUCAGCACAGAAGUCAAAGGUCAAGCCCAAACCACGCCCACCCAGGACAUUAAAUACAAACGCCCUCCACCACGACCCCCCAGCCUGAGCUCAGGGUCAGGGACGGGCCUCCUCUUCUCCUCCCCCCCCUCACUUCACACUUCACCUUCAGCAGCCGAGAGAAAAGAGGAAGGAAGAGGCGGAGCAAGCGAGAAAGAAGAGAGGAAGUCAAUGUCAACAUCACUCACUCCAUCGAGGCCUCCCGUUCCCCCACAGGGCCGCACCGCGCCCCCGCUGCCUCCCGCUCCUCUCCGCCGCACCUCCUCCAGGAGAAGCGCCAACACAGAGGAGGCAGAGGGGACGGAGAGAGAGAAGGGACAAGAGGCAGGCGAUGAGGAAACAGCGAGUAAAUCAGGUCAGCUGGAUGAGGGGGUCCAACAGCAGAACGGUAGCCAGCGUCAAGAGAAUGAGGUAACAAAUGACCGAGAAAAGGGAGAGAGAGAAGAUGAGGGGGAGGAAAAAGAGGUGAAAAUGGAUAAAGCGGAGCACGAACAGAAAUCCUGCCCCCACUCUGCGCCAUUGAUGAAAAAGCCGUCCCGUCCAGUCCCCCCGCCCCGGAGGAAACCCUCUUCACCAGACGCACCUGUGUGCCCCAAGCAGGCAGGGGGAGGAUCAGCCAAUCAGACCGCUGCGAUCAGGGGGCCCCCUCCCUCACCGGCGAGGCGUCCCGAUGUGUCCCUGUACUCGCCACAGGGGGGCAGUGUGCUGGUGACCGAUCCCGACUCCCCCUCCACCAGCAGCACGGAGGAAGAGGGAGAGCCCAACCAGGAGCAGGAGCAAAGCCCCAACCACCCUGCAGAAAGCCGCAGCCCCAAAGCAGCAGUGAGGAGAACCCCCACCACGGUAAUGUUGGGCCGAGCCCGCUACCGCCUGUCCACCGUCCUCACAGGCCUCAUCAGCCACGACCGCCGCCUCACACAGCGCCUCGUGGAGCUGGCCAGGGACCCUCACAGCUACUUUGGUAACCUGGUAAAAGAGCACCGCAUGUUCACCUUGGAGACCAUGUCCAAGCACUCCUCCUCCACGGAGCUGCUACAAGAGAUCAGACAAAUGAUGACCCAGCUGAAGAGUUACCUGCUGCAGAGCACAGAGCUGCAGGCCAUGCUGGAGCCUCAGCAUCAGUACACGCAAGACAAACUGGAGAGCCUAGCGGAAGCCGCUCUAUGUAAGAGCGUACUGAAGCCACUGAGGGAGCCAAUAUACGAGCAUCUUGAAAAGCUGCACACCAGCGACGGCAGCCUGAAGCAGCUGGCCCAGAACCAGUCUGGCAUCCUGGGCAGCACCACCACGGCGUUGGGGAUAACCACUGCCGUCCCCGAGGCCUCAUCGAUGGAGAAGAUCAACAUCAAACUGAACAACCUCCAUCUGGAGUACUCCCCCCAGAAAAAGAUCGAGCUCAUGUUGAAGGCCUGCAAGCUCAUCUACGACUCCAUGUCUGUCAGCAGUCCAGGGCGGGCCCAUGGCGCUGACGACUUGCUGCCUGUAAUGAUGUAUGUCCUGGCUAGAUCCAAUCUGUCCAGCCUGCAGCUGGACGUGGAAUACAUGAUGGAACUGAUGGACCCAUCGUUGGCACUAGGAGAAGGUUCCUAUUAUCUGACCACCACCUACGGCGCCUUGGAGCACAUCAAGACUUUUGACCAGCAGAGGUCAGCAACACGGCAGCUCAGCAGAGAGGUUCAGGACUCCAUCCACCGCUGGGAGAGACGACUCACGCUCAACAAGGAACGCAUGGUCCAAGGAUCUGUGCGGGACUUUCUGACAGUGUGCUGUCCAGAGAUCGGAGCGAGCCCAAAAACUCUGGGUGUCCUCCCCACCACCACCAUGCAGGAGCUGGCCGAGCAGUGUGCCACACGCUUUGAACAAGACGCCUACAUCCUCAGUGUGUACAUGGAUGGCGUCCAGCAGCCACUGGCUCCCACCGAGCUGGCCCUCACGGCGAAGAACAGUUCCCAGCCCGGAGCCUACUGCCUCGUCUUCCACCCUAUCGACCAACCCGUCGAGAGGCCCCCGCCGGGACGCAGCUGCCCGACUGACCUGCCUCCAGCUCCCCCUGCAAGGAGCGCGUCCACGGGGGACUCUGCAGCCGAGGACACCGUGGAGCCGGAGGGGGAAGAGGAGGAGAGUCUGAUUAGCUUGUAGCCGCACCGGCAUAACAGCGUCAUCGCUAUGGUAACUAUAUCCCUGUGGCGAUGGCUUUAGCGUGGACGGCGUUGUAUGUCAGGUCUCACUUGGAAUGCUGGUCGAGGGGCAGCUGAAAUGGACGCGUGCAGGACGUCAGACAACGCCGCGUGAACCACAUAGUGUGAUAAAGCACCGAUUUUACAUCUAUAUGUUGUUUGGUCAUUCCUGAUGGAAAAUUGAAUUCCAAAACAUAUAUUAAGCAUCAUGAAGUUUCAUUCCACAUGUGUCUGUGUACUGAUACGGACUUCAUUGUAAAUAAACUUCCUUUUACAAUUUGCCAA